AUGAAGGAGGGGGAAGCUUGGUCCACUUUCCCCCAGCACCUUGGAGGAACGAUUGGUGAUAUUGAAGGAAUGUCAUAUCUAGCUGCAUUUGAGAGGUUUCAAAGGCCAGCUCUUCGGAAUCAUUUAAUGAACGUACACGUUUCACUUGUGAUGCACCCGAAUGCUACUGGCGAGCCGAAGACAAAGCCAAUGCAAAACUCCGUUCGACAUUUGCGCGCUGCAGGACUUGUUCCCGAUCUUUUGAUCUGUCGAUCGAGCGACCCUCUGCAAGAGCACCUUCGCGAGAAAAUUGCUGCUUUCGGGCUUGUAGACAUUGAACAGGUUAUCGGAGUACAUGAUGUUUCAAACAUCUACAAAGUGCCAUUGUUGCUGCAAGAGCAACAUGUACUCGAUGCGAUCAUACAUCGAUUACAUUUGAAGCCAAUAAAUGAUGCAGUGCGACGAAACCUUAAAUUCAAUAUGUGCCAUUGGACACAUCUCAGUGAGCUAUGUGACUCGUUCACGGAGGAGGUUGUAAUUGCUUUAGUUGGGAAAUACGUGAAGAUCAAUGAUGCUUAUGCUUCUGUAAAUAAAGCGCUCACUCAUGCUGCUAUUCACAGUAAACGAGCUAUCAAAAUCAAGGUGUUUAUCAUUUUGUUUCGUAUCAUAUCGUGCUACGCAGCAUUGCUUCAGUAUGUGGAUUCUGAACUACUGGAAGAUGGCAAACCAUCAGAGUUAAAGGAGAAAGUUGACGCUGCAUGGGACGCAGUGAAAAAUGCAGAUGGCAUCAUUGUCCCCGGUGGUUUUGACAAACGUGGUGUUGAAGGAAUGAUCAAGGCCUGCCGAUACGCAAGAGAGAAUAAUGUUCCUUUCUUAGGUGUCUGUCUUGGUAUGCAAUGCGCUGCUAUAGAAGUGGCUAGAAAUCUCCUUGGUAUCGAAAAUGCGAAUUCCACCGAAUUCAACAAGAAUUUGAUGGAAGACGAACAGAGCAAUUGUCCCCGGGAAGAAGGCUAUUUUGAGCUUUUCCGGGGAAAUAUGGCUUCAUAUAUGUCUCUUAAACUCUAUCCAGAAAAGAAUCUUUGGUCAGAAACUAUGGAUGUAAAGAUUGAGAUAAGGUUCUUAAAACGAGCUACCCAUGUAAUAAUUGAUAUGCCUGAGCACAAUGUGGAACAUCGUGGAAUGGGAGGAACGAUGAGGCUUGGCCGUCGUACUAGCGUUUUUCUCACCGAAAAUUGCAAACUAAGGAAGUUGUAUGGUCGCGAUGAGAUUGAAGAACGUCACAGACAUCGCUACGAAGUAAACCCGCGUUUGGUUCCAAAUCUCAGCAAAAAAGGGCUUCUUUUUGUUGGCAUGGGUGUAGAUGAAACAACUGGUACCGUGUUCAGUAAACAAUGCCGUACUCAGUCGAGCGCGGCACUUAUGAAAUUAGCUGAAGAUCAUGCAGCAAAUGAAGAUCUCAUAUCAAAAAUAACUGAUCUUUGCCAUCGCGGUGGAGAUGGGGUUACUCGUCCAGCUCUUCGAAUGGAAAUGUGUGAAAUGAAA